AUGGGGGCCGGUGAUUCCGGCAACUCCGCCGCCGGCCGACUAGAAUCUAUCCUCACUGAUCCCUCCCUCUCCUUUCCCCGCCGCCUCUUUCUUGCAUCCGGCGUCGAAUCCCGCCUUCUCAUUCGCCUCGCCGCCCCCGCCGUCAUCGUCUACAUGGUCAACUACGUUAUGUCUAUGUCGACCCAGAUCUUCUCCGGCCACCUCGGAAAUCUAGAGCUCGCAGCCGCUUCUCUUGGUAACACCGGCAUUCAGAUAUUCACUUAUGGCCUCAUGCUGGGAAUGGGUUCCGCCGUUGAAACUCUGUGCGGCCAAGCCUAUGGCGCUCACAAGUACGAAAUGCUCGGCGUCUAUAUGCAGAGAUCCGCUGUCCUCCUCGCCGGCACUGGCGUUCCCCUCGCCGUUAUUUACGCCUUAUCGCGUCCGAUCCUCGUGCUUCUCGGACAGUCGCCGGAGAUCGCCGAGGCGGCAUCUAUUUUUGUUUAUGGCCUUAUACCGCAGAUUUUCGCGUACGCGGUCAAUUUCCCCAUUCAGAAAUUCCUGCAGGCACAGAGCAUCGUGGCGCCUAGCGCGUAUAUUUCAACGGCGACGGUGUUGUUGCAUCUAGUAUUAAGCUGGCUCGUGAUCUACAAGAUACGGCUCGGUCUUCUAGGGGCGUCGCUAGUUCUCAGCCUUUCCUGGUGGAUUAUAGUGGUGGCGCAGUUCAUUUACAUAACGACGAGCCGGAGGUGCCGGCUCACAUGGACCGGUCUCAGUUGGCAGGCUUUCUCCGGGUUACCGGAGUUCUUGAAGCUGUCGACGGCGUCGGCCGUGAUGCUGUGCUUGGAGACGUGGUAUUUCCAGGUGCUGGUGCUUAUCGCAGGGUUGCUGGAGAACCCGGAGCUCGCGCUCGAUUCGCUCUCGGUCUGCAUGACAAUUUCGGGUUGGGUAUUCAUGAUUUCUGUCGGCUUCAAUGCUGCUGCCAGUGUUCGUGUGAGCAAUGAACUUGGAGCUGGAAAUCCAAACUCUGCUGCAUUUUCAGUAGUGGUGGUCACAAUGAUUUCCUUCAUUGUAUCAGCUAUCAUUGCCAUAGUUAUACUUAUUGGUCGAGACUAUAUCAGCUACAUCUUCACCGAGGGCGAAACAGUGGCUAAUGCCGUCUCCGAUCUCACCCCCUUACUCGCCAUCACCAUCAUCCUCAAUGGUAUCCAACCAGUUUUAUCAGGAGUGGCUGUUGGUUGUGGAUGGCAAUCCUUUGUGGCCUAUGUUAACGUUGGCUGCUACUACUUUGUUGGUAUUCCAGCUGGUAUCCUCCUCGGCUUCAACUUUGGCCUUGGCCUUGGAGCAAAGGGAAUAUGGGCAGGAAUGAUUGGGGGAACAUUCAUGCAAACUCUAAUUCUUCUUUGGGUCACUAUCCGGACCAAUUGGAACAAAGAGGUCCAAACUGCACAACAAAGACUGGAUGCAUGGGAUGACAAGAAGAAAUCACUUCUUGCUAAUAGAGAUUUUAUCAACUAA